AUGUCUUCUACACCUCGAACCUACGAUCUCAUCAUCUUCGGUGCAACCGGUUACACCGGAAAGCUCACCUCUAAGCAAAUACUCCUCAACAGUCCUACUACUCUCAAGUGGGCUAUUGCUGGCAGAUCAUCUCAAAAACUCGAACUCCUUGCUACUGACUACAAUACCACAUAUCCAGAUAGGCAACCAGUCGAGACAUUCGUCUCCGAUUUGAGUGAACCGGCACUAGACAACCUGACAAAAUCAACCUGCUGCUUGAUUUCGACAGUUGGCCCGUAUUUGAAAUACGGGACACCUGUGGUUGCGGCAUGCGCGAGAAAUGGGACCCAUUAUGUGGAUUCUACGGGCGAGACCCCGUGGGUGAAGCGGAUCAUAGAAAAAUAUCACGAAGAAGCAAAGAAAAAUGGAGCCAUCUUGAUUCCACAAUGUGGUGUUGAAUCCGCGCCGGCAGAGCUAUCGGCGUAUGCGCUUGUGAAAUUUGUUAGAGACAAAUUGAACUGUGGGGUGAGGGAAAUGGUCUACACAAUUGAUGACCUCAAAGGUGGUGUCAGCGGUGGAACUGCAGAGACUGCUUUAUCUAUGUUCGAGCAUUGCUCCCUCUCUGAGAUUCUCACUUCUGCCAACCAUUACUCUCUUUCUCCAGUACCAGGCCGCCCACUCCCCUACACUCUCCCGUUCCGACGUCAUCCUACAUUUGGCUAUCUCACUAUGUGGAUACAGGCCAUACCAGACACUACCCUUGUUUACCGCGGAUGGGGACUUCACGAUGAGGGCCAGUAUUAUGGAAAGAACUUUGAGUUCAGGGAGUACAAGAAAACCAGAAACUUUGUCACGGCAAUACUCUGGGUAAUUAUCUUUAGUGCCCUUUCAGCAUUGCCAUUUUUCGCGCCUAUACGAUGGCUCACUCGCAAAUUCGUAACUCAGCCCGGUGAUGGCCCCACCACCGAGCAAGUGCUAAAGCACCGAGUUGAAUGGCGCGGCAUUGCUGAGGCGGAUGACGGAAGAGCUGUUCACCAGAGAGCAUAUGUCUCCUUCCGCGCCGAGAAAGACUGCUAUGAGCUAACUGGUAUCCUGUUGGCGUUGACGGCUUUGAGGAGUGAUCGGGCACCAGGUGGUGUGGGCGCACAUGAUGGAUCAUAG